AUGGCAACAGCAACAACAAUAACAGCGGCCAAAGCACUGGGUCGCGUACUAUUCGAACAAGUCUGCCGCCAACUAAAUCUCUUGGAAUCGGACUAUUUCGGUCUGGAAUAUCAGGAGAAGACCACACAAACCAAAUAUUGGCUAGAUCUGGAAAAGUCGCUUAAUCGCCAGGUUGGCCUAUCCCUUGUCGAUCCGAUGUUAAGGUUUUGCGUUAAAUUCUAUACACCAGAUCCAUCACAGCUGGAGGAGGAAUAUACGAGGUAUCUCUUUUGCCUCCAAAUAAAACGUGACCUUGCCACAGGUAGUCUACAGUGUAAUGAAAAUACCGCCGCCCUUAUGGCCAGUUAUAUUGUUCAGGCUUCGUGUGGUGAUUAUGUGGCUGAAGAUUAUCCCGAUCACACAUACUUGUCAUCGUAUCGUUUUGUACCAAAUCAGGAUGAGGCCAUGCAAAUCAAAAUUAUGGAAAAUCACAAGAAACAUGUUGGCCAAUCCCCAGCUGAGGCCGAUUUAAAUCUCUUAGAAACGGCCAGACGUUGUGAAUUAUAUGGCAUGAAAAUGCAUCCGGCCAAGGAUCACGAUGAUAUGCCAUUAAAUCUAUCUGUAGCUCAUAUGGGUAUAGCAGUCUUCCAGAAUCUAACACGCAUCAAUACAUUCUCAUGGGCUAAGAUACGGAAAAUAUCAUUUAAGCGAAAACGAUUCCUAGUUAAAUUACAUCCCGAGGGUUAUGGUUACUAUAAUAACACCGUGGAAUUUCUAUUUCCCGGUCGUAAUCAGUGUAAAAACUUUUGGAAAAAAUGUGUUGAAAAUCAUGGUUUCUUCCGUUGCACAGUGGUACAAAGUACGCCCCGGCGUAAGGCCCGUGUCAUGUCACGUGGCAGUUCAUUUCGUUAUAGCGGUCGUACACAAAAGCAAAUUAUUGAUUUUGUUCGUGAGAAUUAUGUAAAAAGACAAAAUUUCCAAAGGUAA